AUGACCGAGGUGCUUGAUAACAUCUCCACAAUUGGCACGAACCACGACAUCCAAAGCUCGCAUAUUGCUCCCAACUCGGCCCUGCCAUGUAGCGACUCGCUGUGGGCGCUUCCCGGCUCAGCCAUAGAUGAGUGGUCCAUCGGCCAGUAUCGAUACUCGUCCUCCUUCGCGCUGUGCAUUAUCCUGUCCGUCACCGAACUACACAAGAUCCACCAGUUUCUUCAGACACCGUGUGACAUGAACGACCUGGAGAAGAUGUACGAAUGGCAGACAGGGGCCCAGCGCAUUGAUGAGAGCUUGACGAUGUGGCGCGAAGAUUUUGUCGCUGCUGUCUUCCGGCUUAUCAAUGCCGAAUCUUCACAUGAAAUGGAACCAUACGUCGUGCUGACGAAUUGCGUCCUCAACACAGCCGUCAUAACGCUCUUUCAGGCAAGGUCACCAUGUCCCGCUGGCAUCGACAAGACCACAGAGCCUUGGAGUUAUGCCACGACGAGAUGCGUCUACGCCUGCGAGAACAUGGCUCAUAAGAUACGGCGGAUGAGCGAGGAUGAGACGCGCAACUGUAACCCACAUCUUCUCUACUCCAUCUUCGUUGCGGCGCGAUUUUACAUCGUGUACUCCAAGGCUCUCGAUGCCGACGUGCCCAUAAACCUGCACUCGCUAGCGUUUGCGCUGAGAACUGCGAGCGUCCGGUGGCCACUUGCUCGUUGCUGCGAGACCGUCAUUAGGACAGCUGUUGCUGAGCAUCGGACGCCUGUCGAAACAUCUUCGCUGCCCAAAGAGUUCUACGAUCUGCGCUAUUCGAGUGUGGAAAUUCUGGAUAUUCUGCUAACUUGGACCCAGAAUUGCCCUCCAGGCAUGGGUAUAUGUGAUAUUGGUACUGAGAAUACGGAAUGA